CCGAGUAAACACAGCACUCUCGCGACCCUGGUGAGGAUAAGCGGUGAAGAAAACAGAUGGGUGGAUAGAUGCGUCGUCGAAUUCCUGAAUCUCAAUUCAUUUUCGUGACCUUUUAAUAUGUUUUCACGAUGCUUCCCGUUUUGUAGCAUACCUCACAACCAUUUUUAAUCAACUGUACAGGUUUUUUAAUGAGCUAGUGCUAGCACUAGCUUGCUUGUGUACAUCACGCUGCUUCCAAGCUGAAUCGUAUUAAAAUUACGUGAACAUACUUCAAGCAACCAUGAAAUGAAUGUCCUCACAUGGGCACCUGUGACCUCUGCCGUGAAGGUGGAUCGGACAGGGAGGUGGUUUGGCCUUGGCGUCGUCGUUGUCGCCCGUGGCCACGGGCGGCGGUGAUUAUUGCCGUUGCAGAAGUGGAUCCGACAGGGAGGCGGUUUGGUUUGGCCAUGGCGGCGUCGCUCGCGGGCGGCAUUGUUUAUCACUGCCGCGGAAGUGGAUCGAACGGGGAAGCGGUUUGGCCGCGGGGUCAUCGCUCACAGGCGGUGGUGUUUAUCGCCGUUGCGGAAGUGGAUCCGACGGGGAGGCGGUUUCGUUUGGCCAUGGUGGCGGAGUCAUUGCUCGCGUGUGGCGUUGUUUAUCACCGCCCCGGAGGUGGAUCGGACAGGGAGGUGGUUUGGCCGUGGCGUAGUCGUCAUUGCUCGUGGCUACUGACGGCGGUGUUUAUCGCCGUCGCGGAAGUGGAUCUGACGGGGAGGCGGUUUGGUUUGGCCAUGGCGGAGGACUCGUUGCUCGCGGGCGCCGUUGUUUCUCAUUGCCGCGGAGGUGGAUCGGACGGGGAAGCGGUUUGGCUGCGGCAUCAUCGCUCGCGGGCGGCAGUGUUUAUCACCGUCGCGGAAGUCGAUCCGACGGGGAGGCGGUUUGGUUUGGUUUGGCCAUGGCGGCGGAGUCAUCGCUUGCGGGGGGCGUUGUUUAUCACUGCCGCGGAGGUGGAUCAGACAGGGAGGUGGUUUGGCCGUGGCAUCAUCGCUCGCGGGCGGUGGGGUUUAUCACUGCCGUGGAGGUGGAUCGGACAGGGAGGUGGUUUGGCCGUGGCGGUGUUGUCGUUACUCGCGUGCUGCGUUUUUUUUAUCACCAUUGCGGAGUUGGAUCAGGCGGGGAGGUGGUUUAGCCGCAUGCGGUUUGGCCGUGAUCCGCAUAUCAUCUAAAUAUGGCUGGAAACGAUACAUUAAAGUGAAUAAUUUUUCAUUACAAUAUCUAUUUUAGAAUGUUUACAGCCAUGACACUUGACCUUUAACAAUAUUGGGUUAGCUUAACUAGCUAGUUAGCAUAACUCGGUAACCCUAUACACCUGGAAAACCUGUGGGAAAAAAAUGCAUUAUCGUCCACUGAGGAGACAUUUGUUUUAUCCAGCCAUCCAUUUUCUGAGCCGUUCAUCCUCACAAGGGUCGCGGGAGUGCUGGAGCAAACCCAGCUGUCAGCGGGGCAGAAGGCGGGUUACGCCCUGAACCGGUUGCCAGGCAACCGCAGAAGCAAAAAGGACCUGGCCA